UGAGAUCAGAGAGGUGCCAUGAAGACGCGGCCCACGGGUAUCGGUGCCUCAAACGCCAACUGGAUGAGCUCACUCUCCCCCGAGCUCACAGCUAUGCCCCUGAAGCACCUUGCAGUGCCCGGGUCCCAUGACUCGUUUAGUUUCUGGGUAGAUGUGAAGGCCCCGGUGGGCCCUGACCAGAAGGCCAUAGUCAAAUACCUGGCCACAGCCUUCCGUUUCGUUUCCAAGAAAGUCAUGAAGAAGUGGUCCAUGACACAGAACCUGACGUUUAAGGAGCAGCUGGAUGCAGGGAUUCGUUACUUUGACCUGCGUGUGUCAUCCAAACCUGGAGAGUCUGGUACUGAGAUCUACUUCAUCCAUGGCCUGUUUGGACACAAGGUGCGUGACGGUCUGUCGGACAUUAACUCUUUCCUGGACGCCCAUGGUAAGGAGAUGGUGUUCCUGGACUUUAACCAUCACUACGCCAUGGGGAUGGAGCAUCACACCUACCUCAUCAACAUGCUCCAGGAAGUGUUCGGACCUAAACUCUGCAAGAUCGGCGUUGUUGAGGAGAUCACUCUGGACUAUCUCUGGGAGAACAAGUACCAGGUCAUAGUAUUCUACCACCACCCGUCAGCUGAGAGCUGUCCAUUGAUAUGGCCGGGCAACAAGUGUCCAGCUCCUUGGGCUAACACUACAGACACCACCAAACUCUUUCAGUUCCUGGAGACAACACUAGGUGAGAGGGCUAAGAUGGGGUCCUUCCACGUGACUCAGGCCAUCCUCACCCCCAGAGUCAAGACCAUUGUCAAGGGCCUGGUCAAGGGGCUACGCAACUACCUAGUUGAGAGGAACCUUCCCAUCAUAUUAACGUGGGUCGAGACCCAGAAACCCGGUGUUGACGGGAUUAACAUCAUCACCUCUGACUUUGUGGAACUGACUGACUUCGCCAACACAGUCAUCAACCUCAACAACCUCCUGCUCAACUAACAGGACCGCAAGAAAACUAACGCCACCAUAGAGUCAGAAUGAGUAGACUGGAUAUGAGUCGAAAAGAAACCCACUUGGAUCUUUUCACGGUCGCGUUCUACCCAUCAUGGCAGCUGCAUCACUGAUCACAUAACCAGACACCAGGGACACGUGAUAAUGGGACACUCAGACAUACAUCACGUGACUAUCUCAUGCACUUAAAGCUCACAUGACCAGUAUUGACUGAUCAUGGUCAGGAAAAUGACCAUAGAGAUUCACAUAUUGCGCUUAUAAGUAUAGCAAUGUACAAGGGCUGAGACUGCUUAAACACACACACACACACACACAGAUUUAACACUAUUUCAAUGGUAGCAGUUUACAGCUGUGUGUUGACAUGCAGUUAUUAUGAUAACACAUUCAAGAUAGAUCAUAGCAAUGUUAUCUUGAUUUAUAACUAGCAAUGAAAGUCUGGCUACAGCCACUCACACACAGCUGUCUGGAUGUGCGUGUGUGUGUGUGUGUGUGUGUGGCUUGUGGCAGUCCACUGAUUAUCACACUGACACAGAGAAAAACUCCCAGACUAACUGUACAUUUCUGUGGUCCUCCUGGAGGGGAAUGAUGGGAGGGAGAGAGGAGGAGAAGAGAGGUGGAGACCCAGACAAGGGCAGACAGAAUGGGGAAGAGCGAUAGAGAGGCACUAAAAGAAAGAAUAAGAAUCAAGGAGGAAAGAAAAUGUGUGUGUAUGAGAGAAAAAGAGAGAGAGAGAAAUAGAGAGAGAGAUUAUAUCAGCACAGCUGCUGUCUGCAGGCAGUGAGGAUCUCGUUUUAUUCUCCCUUAUUGGGAAAGAUGUUUUUAUUUUAGCUCCCUCCCUUUUUCAAAUCAAAUCAAAUUGUAUUAGUCACAUGCGCCGAAUACAACAAUACACCUUACAGUGCAAUACACCUUAACCAGCAGUGCAGUUUAAAAAAAUACAGAUAAGAAUAAGAGAUAAAAGUAACAAGUAAUUAAAGAACAGCAGUAAAAAUAACAAUGUAUACA